AUGGCAUUGGAUCCAAUUGUUCCUUCAAAUUCAAGUGCAAGAAGAUGGACAGACCGCAUAAGUAACGCGCUUAAGAAAGAUGUCGUUGUAGACGUCAAUCUUCUCCCUCCUGUCUGUGUCCUCCACAUUCCGAAAACACUAACUCAUCACAAACCAGAAGCGUAUACUCCUCAGCUCAUCGGUAUGGGACCUUAUCACCAUUUAAGGCCAGACUUAUAUCAAAUGGAAAGGUACAAACUUGCUGCCCUCAAACACAUUCUUCAGCCUGUUCAAAUCCUCAAUUUUGAGCAUCUCUUGAUCGAUAAACUUAGAGAUAAUGACCUUGUUAUACGUGCUUGUUAUAACCGGUUCAUGGACAUAGAUGAGGAGACAUUAGCUUGGAUAGUAGCCAUAGAUGGUCUAUUCUUGCUUAACAUCCUCCGUUCAUCAUAUGGGAAUAAUGUUCAUGAUGAUAGUAUUGAUGACAAUGUUUUCACUCGAGACUUUAUGAUGCUUGAAAACCAAAUCCCCUUUGUCGCUGUGAAGCAAAUUAGAAAGUUCCUCUGUUUCUCAUCCCCUGAAGACAGAGAAGACACCGAGUUAGUUUCCAUGUUUAGACGCUUCUGUGAAAUGCAUUCCCCACUUCCUUUGCCUAGAAAUAAUGCUAAAGAAACUCGGCCUCUUCAUUUGCUUGAUCUUAUGUAUCAUUUAAUCCUCGAUGAUCAUGUAGAUUUUGUUUCAAUUCCGAUUCAAAUGUCAUCUAUCGUUAUCAAACAUGAUGAUAAAGAUGAAGAAAAUGUUUAUCAAGAUACACAUGAAGACAUCAUUCACAACUUUGAAACAGUCUUGGAGGUGUUCGAGCCUAUAGGCCCAAGAAACGUGCAAAAGCUUCUAAAAUCUAUUAACCAGGUCGUGGAAAACGUCCCAUGGUCAAUGAUUUCCGGGCUAUUUAGGAAAGGUAUGGAAAUAAAUGGAGACGAAGAAAGAGACAAUACCAGUACUAUCCCUUCAGCAUCCUGCUUAUGGUGUUAUGCCAGAGUCAAAUGCAGCCCCAUUCAUGAGGGUCUCAGUAGGAUUAAGUUCGAACAAGCUUCUUCGACUUUGUACCUUCCUGUGAUCACAAUGAAUGCUGGCUCAGAAGUCAUAAUUAGAAACUUGAUGGUCUAUGAAGCUGCCAUGUCGAAAUCCAAGCUCGAAUUUGCUAGAUACAUCAAUCUUAUGAGUGGAAUUGCAGAUACUACUAAGGAUGUGAAGUUGCUUAGGCAAGCUGGUGUUGUCAAAGGGGAUUUGACUGAUAAUGAAAUUUCCACUUUGUUCAGUACUAUACAAAGGUCAUUUGUAAGGUCUAGCGGAAGUUCUAAUGUGGAGAUUGCCAUGGAGAAAGUCAACAAGUACUAUAACCAGAGGCUAAUCGUUAGGGCUCGUAGAGGAUUGAAGAAACACAUCUAUGUUUCUCGGAAGUUGUUGCCUGUUGCUAUGUCGAUAUCCAUUGUCUUGCUGCUAAUUUUCCAAGCAUUUUGCUCCGUAUAUGGUUGCCACAGUGUUUGGGUCAAUAGAGACUAG